CCACUCUAAAUGUAUAUAUAGCCAUUACUCUACAGCAAAACUGCUACUUGUUUAUUCGUAACUGAACGUCAUCAUGUCUGGUCGCGGAAAGGGAGGAAAGUCAAAAACGAAGGCUAAGACCAGGUCUUCGCGGGCAGGACUUCAGUUCCCCGUCGGUCGUAUCCAUCGUCUGCUUCGCAAGGGCAACUAUGCUGAGCGAGUUGGAGCGGGCGCCCCUGUGUACCUAGCUGCCGUUCUUGAGUACCUUGCUGCUGAGGUCCUUGAGUUGGCCGGUAACGCUGCUCGUGACAACAAAAAGACUAGGAUUAUCCCCCGUCACCUUCAGUUAGCUAUCCGUAACGACGAGGAGUUGAACAAGCUUCUUUCAGGAGUGACCAUUGCCCAGGGUGGCGUCCUACCCAAUAUCCAGGCUGUCCUCCUCCCCAAGAAGACCGAGAAGGCCCAGGCCUAAAUUACUCGCCGUCAUUGA